AUGUUAGACUUUACAGGAAUAGGUAACCCACCAAAGUGGGUUCAACCAUGGGAUACAACAGAAGAUGGGGUAAAACCGAAUACAGAAAACUCAGAUCCCUCCGGUUUCUCUUCCUACAAUCCAUAUUCAUUCGGUUGUGCUGGUGUUGAGGACUCGGAGGGAUACUCAUCAUGUGACCUAAGAAUAUCACUUAAUAAAUCACAAAGUGCAGGGGACCCCGGAGGAUCCUGUGUACCACCUGACGGACAAGAUAUCACACUGAAUGAUGAAAACAAAAACUUAAUGAAUGACCCACCUCAGCAUGGCGGCCCUAGUCCCCCAGACUAA